GAAGCUUUCCUUUGAUUGUCAAAAUGUAGAGACUGCCACAGGGUGCAUGUCGAUGGCCUGCGCCAUUUAUUUUUGAGUGCUGCAACAGACAUUCUGCGAAUUUCAAAACAAAACAAUUUCAUCCCAAUAACUGGUAUAUUUGUCAUUGAACCAAGCAACUGAAAGGCGCUACACCGCUUAACUUUAUUUGCAAUUCUGCUAAAAAGCCAUAUGUUCAAUUGCAAAUGUUUCAGUACAAUAAAUUUUACUUUUUGUGAUCAGGAAAUAUACAUUAACAAUUGAAACUUCUUCAUGUUAUUACAGAGAAUAAUACCAGUGCAAUUUUCUAUUUUUUUCAGAUGAUAUUAGUGAUUGGACCCACUGGAAGUGGGAAAACCCUACUUUUAAAACAAUUAGAGGAACUAAGUAAAAAUUCCCAUUUGAGCAGUGCAAAAAAGAAAGAUAAAUCUCAGUCAGAUCUUAAUGAUGCGAAACCAUCAACAAGCAAUGACCAGGAUGAUGCUAGGGAAAAUGUACCUGCAACAAUACCAACAAUGGGAACUAAUAUUUGUGCAAUUAAAUUCCCACGGAAAAAAGAAAUAAACUUGAAAGAAGUUGGAGGAUCAAUGGCUCCAAUAUGGAAGAGUUCAUAUGAAGAUGCCGAAAAGGUGAUUUAUGUAAUAGAUUUUUCUAAUCCAUUCCAAGUUUCAAGCACAACUAUCAGAUUGUUGGAAAUGUUAUCAGAUGAAAAAUUGAAAGAUAAAAACAUAUUGCUGCUGCUAAAUAAAAUUGACAAUUUCACCACAGUUUAUCCUGCGGAGAUGAGGUAUAUGCUGAUGCUUGAUAGCAUUAUCUCACAUGCACCUCAAACGAUCACUACUAUAGAAUCCAGCGCUAAGUAUGGGUCCGGCCUUCAGGACGUUGUUGAUUGGAUAUAUGAAGGGACUUGACACAAUGUUAUUAUAUUCACUCAUCUACCUAUUUAAC